ACCGAAGAAGAAGAAGAAGAAGAAGAAAAUAAAGGCGAAACCAAAACCAGCCUAGCCUACCGGAUUGGAAUUUGGAAGCACCCAGAUGCUACUCCUAUAAGGCUAUAACCCAACGUUUUCCGCCCCCCAAGAGAGAGAGAAAAAUAUCCUCCUAAUCACGGAUUAGAGCCCUAAUCACGCCGCCCGCGUAAUUAAUUUUUUAGUCUUGGAAUUAUAUAAGCCAUUAGAGAGGGAAAGCGAGAUGGAGUAGCCAGGAAAGAGAAGAAGAAGCAAUUGGGGAGAAGCCAAGCCAAGGUUGGGGAAGGGAAGGGAAGGGAGAGGAGAGGGGCUCGCCGAUCGAUCCCUCUCCGCCUCCGCCGUCGAACCGCCGCGUCGAGUCGAGUCGAAUCGAAGGUAGAUCGAGCCGCUCCUCCACAUCUCCCACUCGCGGUCGCCAUCCUCCAGCGUCGCCGCGCGCGGCUGCUCCGCUUCCCGACGCCGCUCGCCGCUCCUCCAGCUCAGCUCCCCCUCGCGCGCGUCUCCUUCUAUCUCUCUCUCCAGCGACCAGCGGUGGUGGCCGUCUCUAGCGCCGGCUGUCGUUAGGGGAGAAGCCGGGUACUCGUAGUAGGUUCUGGCGUGACGUUUUGAAGGACUGUGAUGUGUGAUCCCCACUGGCAUGUUGCAUCCUAGGUUCCUGGUUGCUUGCUCAGGCUCCAAGUUGUGCUUCAUCUCCAGUUGCCGUGGUAGCUAUGGGGACAUGGCUAGGCGUGGCAGGAUGAUACCUUUCCGCCUCAUGGGCUCGAGCAGGCUGUACGAGUGUAGCUCCACCCUCCCGGUGUUGAUCGGUUUCAGUUGAUGAUUUCUUUGGAGACUGAAAGAAAGAUUCUUAGGGAGUUCAUCAGAAAGGAUUGGAUAAGUGCAUUGUAGUUGUAGGAGUGCUAGGAGCCCAAAUCGGUGACAUUUCUUUCAGCGUUUCGCUGAACAUAGUGUAGAUUUGCCUGCAAUGGGUUUGCCUCAGGUUAAUCCAGCCGAGGAAGCGCCUACGCCGUCAAGUAGGCCUGUGUCGAGCCCUCGUAGCUUCGAGGGUGUUGGCGCCUGUGAUUUGGAUGGGCUUCUUGGAGGAAGCUCAAGUAGCAGGGUAUUCGAAUACCCGUCAAUCGGUGAUUCUGAUCGGAAGACUGCAUUAGACAUCCCGAAUGGAUCAACUGAGUAUUCUAGAGACAGCCAUUGCUUUGAUAGACCUGCAGGUCUCCGAGGACUAAGAAUUGAUUCGAGGGAUGCAGAUUCUAGAUCUUCUCAUAAAUUGGAUCCUACUGUCCAUGUUCCCACAAUGAGGGUUGUGGGAUUUGAGUCGGGUUCUGUUGGAGGUUCUGCUAUAAUAGAAACUGAUAAUUGUCAUACUCCAUUCGAUCAGCAUGAACUUCAGGCAAGGAAAAGACUGCUCUCACCAUUGAAAAACGUUCUUAAUAGACAGUUCCACGGUGAUAUACUGAAUAUUUCCGCUGGUGAUGCUAGAUUUGAACUUUCUGAUUCAGCCAGGAAACUUAACAUUUCGUGCUUCCAAGAUAGUAAAAAAGCAAACACUGGUAUGCUCGAUUCUUUUGAGCCACAAGCCUGGACAAAUUCUAGAUGCUCCAAUGGUAGUCCAGAAUGGGAUGCCAAUAAGAUUAAUUCUAAUUUAUUCACUGAUGGUCCUUUACUUGGGAGCAAGGAGUCCUUAGCUUAUCUUGAUCAUCUAGCUGCUAGUGCAAAAUUAGCACAUUCUCCACUCUCCUUGUCCCCGCUUAGCCCUAAAUUUAUGAACAGAACUAAGGCUACAGGAGCUCAAUGCCGUACAAUGAGAGAUAUUGAACAUCAUUUUCUAGAUUCAAGGGAAAAAGGGGGACCCGAUGGAAUUAGAAUGCUGAGUGUGCUAGAAGAAACUAACAUAUUACAUGAUGAAUACAAUGUCAUGACCCCUAAAAGAAGUUCAUGCAGAAGAUAUCAAAUCUGGGGUCCUGAAUCCACCCCUACUUCUCCCCGGGUUGGUUAUGGUCGGAGUUUGAGUCUCCCAGUACGACGGUCACUAGUUGGCUCCUUUGAGGAGUCCCUUCUAUCUGGCCGGCUUUCUUAUGGAAAAGACAAUCAGAUAAUUGAUGGAUUCUUAGCUGUUCUAAAUAUUACUGGUGGAAACUUCUCUCCUCCAACUCAGAAGCUGCCGUUCGCAGUAACAAGCAUUGACGAGGAUAGCUCCUUAUUGUACUAUUCUUCUAUUGAUCUUGCUGGGAGGUCGUCAGCAACUAACUGUAGAAGCCCAAAACUCGAAAGAAGCUUAAGCAAUAAUGAUUCACGAUCAGCCAAAAGUCGCUUACGGAUCCCUGUUAAGGGCAGGAUACAGCUGGUCGUGAGCAACCCUGAGAAGACUCCACUUCAUACUUUCUUCUGCAGCUAUGACUUGACAGACAUGCCUUCAGGGACCAAGACUUUCAUGCGGCAAAAGGUCACUCUGUCCCCCACUCUUUCCUCCUCUAAUCCAAUGAAAGAAGGAAGUAAUGCCGGUGACAUUAAUAUUGGCCCCAAGGCUGAGUCUGUCUCAUGUGGAGAAGUUACAGAACGGGAAAGUUCAGAAUGCUCAUCUGAUGGAUCAGAGGAGAAAGACGCAAAUGCAAAACGUUGUUCGUUGGACAGUAACAUGAUGGAAUCAAAUAAACAUAACUCUCCUGUGAAUAAGAAAAAUAACACCGAUUCUGAUGAUUGUUGCUGUCAGAUGGACAAUUUAGGUGGCAAGAAUUAUUGCUGUGCAUCUUCUAGGAUUAAUGAUAGCUCGGGUGGAGGUGUGAUUCGCUAUGCUCUGCACCUGCGCUUUCUAUGCCCUUCCUCCAAGAAAUCCUCAAAAUCGAUGCUACGAUGCAAAUCCGAUCCAUCAUCGGUGCCAUAUGAUAGUAAUGCCGCGAAAGAGGACGAUCGCAGAUUCUACCUUUAUAAUGAUCUUAGAGUUGUAUUUCCUCAAAGGCACUCAGAUGCAGAUGAAGGCGAGCUGCGUGUGGAACAUGACUUCCCUGCUGAUCCCAAGUACUUCGACAUAAGCAAUUGACACCUCUGCUUCUCCUCCUUGUGCAUGCAGCUAAGCUCUCAUGUCAUUUGUGUACAUAGCAUGCGCUUUCUUGCGCACAAAAAAAAAAUGUAAAUAUCUUUUUAAUCCUUCUUAACUUGUCAUCACUCAUCAGCCCCCGAUGUAUUUAUCAGUCGCAACCAACUGUACAGUUUCAGUCUUCAAAUAAAAUGCAACUUUUAGUUCCCA